AUGUUAAGUGAACAGGCCGCUCCGCCAUGGCUAGCUACAGCAAUUCGUUUGCUUCAAGAACAAUACCCAGAUGACAAGUUCGAAGCAAUUUUGCGUCGACCUGCCCCGCCUACUAUACCAGAGUGGAGGAUGAAAUGUUUGGAUUGCCCCGGCAAGCUAUAUAACUCUGGGCCUGGGGAUACGCUGCAGAACUAUGAAGUCCAUCUUAGAAACCGACAACAUCGCUUACGGGUGAACGCCCGCUUGACGCAGGCGCCAGCAUCAUAA